GGACGGAAGUGCUUGGGAUCCGAGCCAACAACACACAAACAUCAGCCCUCCCUUCCCAUUGAGUUCUCUAUAGAAAAAGGAUCAAGAACAGAAUUAUGGGCAUCUCCUGGCGCAAUCAGAGAUUCAUCACUACCACGAGCAAAGAUCUGGAGACUGGUGAGAUUGAGACGCACAUCGUGCCACAGACGCCGGAUUUGUUUGACCAAGAGACCGGUGAGCUGAAUGCAUUUGCAUUUCGCAAGACAAAAUUCAACAUCCCCCGGGCGUGUCUGCAGCAGUACGACGAGGACCCCAAUCGGCCAAGGUGCACGUCCAAUGAUGUGUAUACCCUGACAAACAAGGAGCGCGUGAUGAACCUCAAGGAGGAGAUUAUUUUGGGCUACAACAAGACAUCCCAUCGGAUGUUCCUCAUUCCGUCGCUUUUCUUCUUCUUCAAGCUCACCGCGAUCUUCAUCAUCUUCCUCGAGACACUCCUGCACAUCUGGGCACAUCGUCGUAAUUCACGCAAUACGAAUCCCUGCAUCUACUUCCGCAGCCCCCUGCACGUAGUAUCGUCCCAAUUUUGCGCCAUUUGUCGCAGUGAGUCCUCCAUGAAGCGCGUUAAGAUGAUCCAGGAUGAGAGAAUACGCAUCCGGCGACUUCAUCAAUUUGAUUUUGUCACCCGAACACUCACCUAAACUACCCCCUCCCCCCUUCCACCCGGUUAUUUGGUCUCUUCCUCUUCUUCUUUCAAAUUUAACCGCGACAUUAAUUUUUGUUUUCAAGUGAAUUAUUCUUUUUUUUUGUAUUUCGCCGGCGUGUUUUGUGAAUAACAUUAAUAAAAAGAAAGAGAGAAAAAAAAUAAAUCGUUGAACUAUU